AGUAAUCAGUAAUAAUGUCAGUGAAUACAUCAAAUACGCCUGAUGGACGUGGAGUACUGAUCUACAAUGGAGAAAUGAUAUUGGUUUAUACGGAUGAGGUGGGCUGCCAUUUUGAGAAUGGACCGGAUAAUAUUUUCAGAGGCAAUAAAUCCGGAAAUUUAUACCUAACCAGUCAUCGUAUUAUUUUCAUUAAUCGAAAGAAGGAUUCAUUGCGUUCAUUUUCGAUGCCUUUCCAUUGCAUGAAGGAUGUGAAGCUUGAACAACCAAUUUUGGGGUCUAAUUUUUUAAAGGGUAUCGCUGUAGCCCAACCUGGUGGUAAUUGGAAUGGACAGGUGACCUGGAAAUUAACAUUCAGUAAAGGAGGAUGUAUUGACUUUGGAAUGGCAUUGUUAAAAGCUGUCGACAUGGCGCAGCGCUUUCGUCCACACGGUGCACCACCAGUUUACGCUCCUCCACCUGGAAAUUAUUUUGCUGCACCACCAGCUUACUAUAUACCUCCAAGAGGAAAUUAUAAUGGUUUCCAGGCUCCAACGAAUGUUUUUCCUAAUCUUCCACCAGCUGGUGAUGUUUAUAUGUAUGAAGCUCCGCCGCCGUAUUCAGGUAUCGGUCCAGAUCAACCACCGAUACCAGCAGGGCAGCUACAAAAUUAUGGAGUCGCGCCAAGCGCUCCAUCACACCAGCCGAUGUAUGCACCGCCGCUUCCAUCUAAAAGUUAGACAAUUACUAACUGUUCCAGUCGAACAUGGCUUUUCAUCUUCUGAUCAUUUCGUCUGUUAUCCCUACUUUAUUUUUAUUCUUCAUUCGCAUAUUUUGAUAUAUACGUCAUAUCGUAUAUGCGCUGUUUUCUUCCGGACUUUUUAUCACUUUUUCAGAAUUCUGGGCCUUUUUUCAACUCUUUUUUUAGUAUUUUGUGUUUUCAAAACUUUGCUUCCACUUCAGAUGAUCUUUUCUGUAAUCCAUAAUUUUUGAAUCCACGUUCUGACUUCGUGAAUAGUUCUUCUGUCAUUCCACAUUUUUAUUGGUUGCAGCGGUACUGUAUUUUAAUCCUGCUGUAUGUAACAAAACUGACUGUAUAUUUAACCUUAAUUUAUCAUGAAUUGCUUAUACCUAUAAUAAACAUUGAAAUUUGGA